GGGGGCAGACGUCGGAGGAUGACGGGGGGGCUAAGCCCGGAAAGAGUCUCUUUUAAUAGAACCCUGGUUCACCUGGAUCUGAAAGGAGCUCCGCCGAAGGUGUCCUACCUUGCAGAGGUCUUUCCUCUGUUUUCUUGUCUUGGAGCGAACGGUCUGCUGAUUGAGUAUGAAGAUACCUUUCCGUAUUAUGGAGAGCUCCUCCCUCUGCAGGCAGCACAUGCUUACAGCCCUCAGGAGAUCCGAGAGAUACUUCGGCUGGCCCAGCUCCACAACCUCGAGGUUAUUCCAUUAAUACAAACGUUUGGACACAUGGAGUUCGUCCUGAAACAGAAAGAGUUCUCUCACCUGCGGGAGGUGCCUGAAUACCCCAACAGCCUGAACCCCCACAAGGAGGAAUCCCUCCAACUCCUGAAGCUCAUGAUAGGACAAGUCAUGGAGCUCCAUCCUGCAGUUCAAUGGUUUCACAUUGGUUCUGACGAGGUCUACUACCUUGGCAAGGGAGAAGAGUCGAAGAUGAAAAUUUCUGGGGGUGGCCUUUCUGUAGAAGACAUCUUUCUGUCCCAUAUGAAGAAAGUGGCCAACCACGUGGCCUCCACCUAUCCCGGGGGUACGGGUGAUCGCCUGGGAUGACAUGCUGCGCGGAGCGAGCGUCCAAACCUUGACAGAGUCUGGCGUUGCACAGCUAGUGGAGCCUAUGAUCUGGGGACUACACUUCGAAUCUGGAUGUUGAUGGCAGAAUUGCUCUGAUCGAGAAGUACUGGCAGUGCGGCUUUCACAAGAUCUGGUUGGCCAGCGCGUUUAAAGGUGCCACCGGCCCUUCCCAACAGCUGACCCUUAUUGGGAGUCAUCUAGAAAACCACAGAUGUUGGCAGCGAGUGGCCCAGAGAGUGCCUCAAGGCAUCCUGCAAGGACUGGCGCUGACAGGGUGGCAGCGGUACGAUCACUUCUCCGUCCUCUGUGAGAUGUUGCCGGUUGGAAUCCCGUCACUCGCCGUCUGUCUGCAGACUGUAAAAGAAGGAUCUUUUUCUGAGCACACCGCAGCCACUGUGCAAGGCAUCCUAGGAAUGGCAACCCUGGAUGUGGAAAACUACAUGAGUGAGGUUACAGGCAGCUUUCCCGGCAGUGAGGUCCUGGAACUCAUCACCCAGUUCAUAUUCUUCCUGAAGACACCCACAAAAGAGUUUUUGGAUGGGGACAGACUGGUGAUUGGCUGGUUCAGCCAUUUUCACAGGAAGAGAAAACGUCUCCACCCCAUCAUGGUGCAGCAGAUUGAGCCCCGAGCAGUCAGCCUUUUGUCCAAAUGGACAUCUUUAUUGGAGGAUCUGCAGGCGGCCAUGCUCAAGAUAUUUCCGCUGGUCACAGUGGAGGAAUGGCUGGAAGAGAACGCCUUGCCACAUUACCAGCAGCUUCAGGAACUAGUGGAAGAUCUGAAAUCCGCCAUGGAUGCCGGGUGCAAUACUGCGCAAUAA